UCAGGUAUAACUUGGGUGCUGGUAUACCGAACAGACAAAUACAAGAGAUUAAAGGCUGAAGUGGAAAAACAGAGCAAGAAAUUGGAAAAGAAGAAGGAGACGAUAACUGAAUCAGCAGGCCGACAGCAGAAGAAGAAAAUAGAGAGACAAGAAGAGAAACUGAAGAAUAACAACAGAGACUUGUCAAUGGUUCGGAUGAAAUCCAUGUUUGCCAUUGGCUUCUGCUUCACUGCCUUGAUGGGAAUGUUUAACUCCAUAUUUGAUGGCCGAGUCGUGGCAAAGCUUCCGUUUAUCCCCCUCUCAUACAUCCAGGGUCUCUCCCACCGCAACCUUCUGGGUGAGGAUUACACUGACUGCUCCUUCAUCUUCCUCUACAUUCUCUGCACGAUGUCAAUCAGACAGGUGGUGCCAAGGGACUUUGACUUAAAGCAGAUCAGCAAAGGGAAGUGGCGUGUUAUGCCAACUGCUGUCAGAAGUUUGGAUGAGCUUGAUGGAGCAGCUUAA